GAGCUUUUUUUUUUAACAGACCUGGAGCAUAAGCGGCGCUUGCUCCCCGGCGAUCCCGCGAAGCGCUUCCGAGAACCCUAGCUCCCGAGAUCGAAGACGACGAUGGAGGCGAAGAGCGGUGGUAGCAAGAGGCCGCGCUUCUCCGCGAAGUCGAAGACCAUGGGCUUCUCUCCGCAGCAGAAGAAGGUUGCGGAGCUUCCCCACGCGCCGGGCCUCGUCGGAAGCGUCGUGGAGAAGGGCUUCUCCGAAGCGCUUCCUCAGAAGCCGUCCCCAGCUUCUCUACCCCAGCCCACCGUUCUCCCCUUCCCCGUCGCUCGCCACCGCUCCCAUGGCCCGCAUUGGGGUCCAGCAAUUGCGGUGGAAAAUUCCGGCGAGGACGAUAUGGAGGAGGACAAGGAUGAGAUGGAUUAUGAUCCGGUAGCGUUGCUUGCUAAUCCGAUUGAGAGGAAGGGGAAGAAAGGGUUGGAUUUUAGCAAGUGGAAAGAAUUCGUUUCCAAUGAGGAUUCUUUGGAAGCGAGAACUGCUGUCGGAAAUCAAAGAGUAGCAACGAAAUCGGCUAAAAAACAAGGAAAGGAAGCAAAUUUAGCUUUAAAUCAACCUCAGGAUGAGGCGGCACAGGAUGUUUCGAUGCGUGAUAGCUAUGAAACUCGGAUCACGACCGAGGCUGAGCAAAAACCUGUUGUAGAUAGCAUGGAAUGUGAUACACCUAUUCCUAAGAAUAGGCAUAAGCCCAUUAUGGGCGAACCUGAGCUCAAAGUGUCUGAAAUUGAUGAUGGGGGAGCAACCUCUCUCAUGGGGGACAUUCAUGCAGAGAAUGUUGCUCGGUUGGCAGACAUGUCGACAGAUGAGAUUUCUGAGGCACGGGCGGAGAUAAUGGAGAAGAUGAAUCCAUCAUUAAUAGAAAUGCUAAAGAAGCGUGGGCGACAGAAGUUAGAGAAAAAGCAAGUUGCCAAGCCGGAGAGGAAGAAGGAAGAGGAAAAGUUAGAAAGCACGCAGCCUGCUGGAAAUGGCAAAACAUCGAGGUCUAAAGCUGGGGAUUGGAUUCCUUAUGGUGUAGAGAGUAGCCAUUCAUGGAAGGUUUGGAGCGAGAGAGUUGAGAGGGUUAGGUUAUUCAGGUUUUCCUUGGAUGGGAAUCUCCUAGAAAUCGAAUCUUCUCCACAGCCAUGUGAUGGUAAGAAUGCUAAUUACAGUCAAUACAAUGCUACUAAUGUAGCUGAGCGUGACUUCCUAAGAACUGAGGGCGAUCCUGCCGCUGUUGGAUACACUAUUAAUGAGGCAGUGGCACUCAUUCGAAGCAUGGUACCCGGACAAAGGGCGCUUGCAUUGCAGCUGCUUGCUUCUAUUCUCAAUAAGGCUUUACAGAAUUUGCAGAAGAUGGAUAUUGGUCAAAAUGUGGGAGAAAUAAGUUCUAGUGAGAAGUUUGUUGACUGGCAAGCUGUUUGGGCAUUUGCCCUAGGCCCUGAACCGCAAACUGUUUUAUCAUUAAGGAUUGCAUUGGAUGAUAACCAUGAUUCUGUAGUUCUAGCAUGUGCUAAGGUGAUCCAGUUGAUAUUGAGCUGUGACAUGAAUGAGAACUUCUUCGAUAUUUCAGAGAAAUCAGGUGCCUGUGAGAAAGAUAUUUGCACAGCCCCUGUAUUUCGGGCCAGACCCGAGCUUGAUGGCGGUUUCCUACAUGGUGGCUUUUGGAAGUACAAUACAAAACCUUCAAAUAUAAUCCCUUGCAGUGGUGAGACUGAAAAUGAUGAGAGUGAAGGCACAAUACAAGAUGAUGUUACUGUGGCUGGGCAAGAUGUUGCUGCUGGUCUGAUUAGGAUGGGAAUACUUCCUAGAAUUUGCUAUCUUUUAGAAAUGGACCCUCUUCAGACUUUGGAAGAUUACCUUGUUUCAAUACUCAUUGCGUUGGCCCGACACUCUCCACAAUCUGCAGAUGCCAUUUUGAGAUGUCCAAGGCUUAUUCCAACUGUUAUGAAGAUGUUCACCAAACAAGGCUCUGCAGAAAUUCAGCCAUCACAGAUAAAAGCAACAGCUCUUCUCAAGGUCUUAUGCAAAUACAACAAGCAAACUUGCUUAGAUUUUGUAAAGCGCGGAGUUUUUCAACAGGCAAUGUGGCAUUGGUACAAAAGCCCAUUCACCCUAGAGCAAUGGAUAAAAUCAGGAAAAGAACAAUGUAAAUUUACUUCUUCUUUGAUGGUGGAACAGUUGCGCCUAUGGAAAGUUUGCAUCCUUUACGGCUUUUGCAUACCACAUUUUGCAGACUACUUCCCUGUCAUGUGCUUAUGGCUUAGUCCUCCUAAAUUUGAGAAGCUUAUUGGAAAUGAUGUUCUUAGUGAGUUCAUGUCUGUUACUAGAGAAGUUUAUCUUGUCCUCGGGGCUUUGGCUCAAAGGUUGCCACUUCUUCACUCUAUAGAGCAGCUUAAUAAAGAUGCCAUAAACCUUUCUAAUGACUAUGUAGAAGCAUGGUCUUGGAGUUAUGUAGUUCCAGUUGUGGACUUUGCUACAAAUUGGUUGGAACUGAGAAGUAUUCCCUAUGUUUCUUUACUAAUUGAUAGUCAUAGUAAGGGUAAUAUGAGCCAUAUGGUUGGUACACCUUUGAGAUCACUGCUCUGGGUAAUUUCAGCAAUCUUGCACAUGCUUCAUUGUAUGUUGAGCAGGAUAGUGCCAGCGGACAUUGAUGAUGAGAAUAAAACUUACACUAAUUUGCCAUGGCUACCUGAAUUUGUUCCUAAACUUGGCCUCAAGAUUGUUAAGCAUGGAUUUUUUGACUUCUCUUGCGAUAGCAAUAUAACAUUUCAAGAAUUUCCGUCCAAUGGUGGAUCUCUAGCAAAGAGCCUCUGUUAUUUGAGAGACCAAAACAGUAUUGAUGUGUCAUUAUCUUCUAUAAGUUGCCUGGAAGGAUUAGUCCAUGUUGCUGUUUCAGUUGACAGAGUUGUCCAGAGGGCGAGACCUGCAAAUCACCCCGAGCCCAUUGAUGGAAAUAGAACGGUGACAGCUGACAAGAUUUUAGAAGAAGGUAUUACUAAGUGGGCUUGCAGUGGGUUGAAAGAAGUGUUAUCUGUGCUAAUGAACAUGGCUUCCUCAGAAUGGCCUAAAUUGCAGUCUAUAGAGAUGUUUGGCCGAGGAGGGCCUGCUCCUGGAAUAGGGUUUGGGUGGGGUUCCUCUGGUGGAGGAGUUUGGUCUUUAAAAUGCAUGCUCGCGCAGUGGGAUGCUCAACUGAUUUUGGACUUAAUUAAGAUAUUCCCAAUUUUCCCCGAAAAUGCAACAAAACCUGAUGCUGCAGCUCUUAGGAGAAUUAGCUCUGUCCUUGAGGUUUGUUUGAUCGCUGGACCUCGAGAUAGAGAUACUUUAGCUAAAGCACUUGAUAUUCUUUUCCAAGCUCCAGUUUUGAAGAAUCUGGACUUUUGCAUUCAUUAUUUUGUUCACCAUACUGAGGGCCUGAGAUCAUUUGACUGGAAAAUUAGUGAAGAGGAUUAUACAUAUUUCAGUGGCGUAUUAAAAUCUCAUUUUACUACAAAAUGGUUGGGUAUCAAGAGGAAGUCUUCAAGUAAAGAAGAUAGAAAUGGUGAUGUCCUUGGCAUGUCAAAAAGGGGUGAAGCUUUAGAAACCAUCCACGAGGAAGAAAGUGUUCCAGAACAAGCCAAUGCAUCUUGCAGUUCUUUGCUUGUAGAGUGGGCACAUCAGAGAUUACCACUUCCUGUUCAUUGGUUUCUUAGUGCAAUCUGCAUAAUUGGUGACCCAAAAAGCACCGUCAAAUGGUCAUUUAAUGAAGUUCUUGAUGUGGCUAGGAGUGGGCUCUUUUUUCUUUUAGGAUUGGAAUCGAUUGCGUCCUUUUUACGCUUGGAUCUUCCAAACUCUCCUAUUUUGGGUGUUCCUUUGGUUUGGAAAUUACACUCUCUCUCAACUGCUUUGCAUGCUAACAUGGAUGUGCUCGAAGAAGAGAAAAGUAAGAAUGUUUUUGACACUUUACAAGAACAAUAUGGGAAGCAUGUUGACCAUUUACGACGUGGGAGAGGAAAUGUGGAAAUUCUUAAUUUCAAGACAACAAUUCAUGAAAGCUACUCAACUUUUGUUGAGAACCUCGUCGAGCAAUUUGCAGCGAUAUCCUAUGGUGAUGUUAUAUAUGGUCGGCAGGUGGCGAUUUAUUUGCAUCGAACUGUUGAAGCUGCAAUAAGGCUCGCUGCGUGGAAUUCUCUGUCUAAUGCUCGUGUACUUGAAAUCUUGCCUCCUUUAGAGAAAUGUAUUGGUGAGCCUGAAGGUUAUCUGGAGCCUGUUGAGGACAAUGAAGGAAUUUUGGAGGCAUAUUCAAAAUCAUGGACUUCUGGAAUUCUUGACAGGGCUGCUGCUCGAGAAUCCGUAGCUUUCUCUCUGGCUCUGCAUCACCUUUCUUGCUUCAUAUUCUACUGCAAUGCUUCUGAGAAGCUACCUCUACGAAAUAAACUCGUAAAAUCGCUUGUCCGCACCUACUCACAGAAGCUGCAAUAUGAGGGUAUGCUUCGGAAAUUAGUCCAACAUAAAUUGACCGUAUCAGAAGGGCCACUGUACAGAAAUGAAUUAGAUCAAAGGUUUGAAGUGCUGAAGGAUGCUUGCGAAGGAAAUUCUUCUCUUCUGGCUGAGGUCGAGAAGCUGCGUUCUUCUUUAUAGCCAAACAAGAUUACGAAACAACCGUCUUCAAAUCAUAUUUAUCGGUGGGAGAACAAACAGCAACAGUUCAGGAGCUUAGUUGGAACUUGGAUUUCCUGAUGCUAUCACUUUUGGCCGAUUUUGAAAAGCUGUGGUGGAAUGCUGCGUUGCCGUUAAGUCCUGAUGAUUUGAAAAAGUAGUUAGUUCCAGGAUGUGUAAUUUCUCUCGCAAUGAAGAAAUUUUGAUACUUUGUACAUAUGACAUAUGUGAUCAAUUCGCUAUCUCGGUACUAGAAUCUUAUACGUGUAAAAUACUCGCUAUUAAAUAGUGAGUUCCUGCAGUGGAAACAACACAUUCUCGAAAGCCUUGCACAUGAUUUAUGAAAUGGCUUUUUUUUCGAAA